AUGUUAACCAAAGUUACCAAUUCGGUCGUCUUUUGCGAAACACUCAUCAACUCAUCUCAAGACCGGAAAAGUCUCGAUUGGAAGAAAUUCCGUCAUUUCACAACACCAUCGGAUCACUACGAGACUCCAUAUCAAAAGAAGGAAUUCGUCCUAGAUUGCGUCUACAUCCACGAUAUUCUUCGUACGUUGAUUCUCGCCGGAGGUGGAUACAACGGACCAACAAUGAAGGGAGGACCACUCCGAAUCCAUUUCACCUCCCAACAUCUGGAAUUGGUCUUCCGCGGACCGUUGGCGAAUGGACGAGGAUUCUUGGCCUUGAAAACCACGACACCGGAGGCCUCGAAGAUUUGGAAGGAAUGGAAAAAGGUUCCGACCUUCAGCCACGUUGAGGACGUCGACCACGGGUCUUUGGGCAAACCAGCUAACGUCUUCAAGAACAGACUGAAACUUGCGGAGGAAUACUACCUUGGACCCUCCUUCCGAGUUUGGGUUGAAUCAGGAUUCGCCGCUACUGCUGAGUACCUGAAUUCGGAUAAAGGAAGACUGGCUGUAUUGGAGGUAGUCGCUGCAAUGCAGAUGUUCUACAACUUCUUGUCGACUCAACCAGCGUACAUGGAAGCUGCUGUCAACGAUGGAAGAGACGCGUUGGUGCGACUCAAGGAGUUUGUGGAAUAUUGCAACAAACUUCGUCUGAAUUGUUUCACCGCUGAUCUUAUCGACCAACAACUCGAUGAGCCAUACAAGAUCUACAACAACUCGACUGCGCCAACUCAGAGCUACUGGUAUCAGCACUCCGCCAACUUUGACCCCAACUCUUGA